AUGAUUUGGAUAAGAAGAGAGGAUGACUCUGAUGAAGUGCUCAUGUACAGAACACUGAACAGCUACAUGGCAUGUUGGAAGCAGGCAAAGAAUACUACUGAUUUCAAAGAGCUAUAUGUUCUGAGGAUGGUGCAUCGAGUUGACAGGAACAUGCAGUUACACAGCGUUUUCUCAGUGACCAUCAACAGCUUCGAUCCCAAAGCUGUCCAUUUUCAUGUGAAUGGUGACAGUAGGGAUGUCGUUGUAUUUGGCUGCCAUAAUGGGAAAAUCUAUUUCCUCAGAGGCACUGAUGGGAAUAUCAUGGAGUCAAUUGAUACAGGUGGAAUGAUAUGCCCAAGAGGGAACGCAGCUAUGGACUGUGAGAAGGAUGUCUUCUGCCUAGAUGACCCUGUGCAAGGCGUCGUGCUGUACCAGCUGUCAGAUGGAGUUGCAUUUGCUGAGAACUGCAGGGUGAUAAGGAGAGACUUGAAUGUGCACCAGUUGGACACAGGCAUGGAGGACCACAUUCAAACUGUCACGGCAGCAAACAUUGAUGGCAUUUCUACUGUCAUUGCCGCAUGCUCGAGAGACAUCAGAAAGCUGAGUAGGAUCUUCAUCUGGAUGAACUCAGCUAUGAGCUUCCUCUAUCAGCAUUUCAUGCAAAAAGCCAGUCUAACAGACGAAGGAGCAGAUAGUCAUCGUUUCAUGGAAAGAAAGUAA